AUGAUAGUACAGUAUGAAAUUGACGAUAUGCCUAAGAAAAUCGAAAGCACGGAACCAUUAGUGACUGACUGGCUGCAUAUGGCCGCUUUUCGGGACAAUACGCUAGGUUUUUCAAAGUUCACGACGGAAGACGGUCUUCAAAAAAUUACUAGGCAACAUGUAAACUCGUACAUCAGUCAGUACCACGCUCCAGAACGUAUCGUGGUCGCCGGAGUCGGUGUGAAUCAUGAUGAACUGGUGGCAGCAGUUCAGCGACAUUUUGGAGUUGGAACUGCAAUGUGGGACAAGAAUCCCGAAGUGCUUCUCCCAAAACUACCUCAAAUUGAUCGUUCUAUUGCUCAGUACACAGGCGGGGAAGUGAGGAUACAAAAGGAUCUGUCAACGUUGGCUAUUGGUACACCGUACCCGAAUCUUGCUCAUGUGGCUUUAGGUUUCGAAGGAGUUAGUUACAAAGAUCCAGAUUUUGUUGCCUUCUGCGUACUACACAUGCUUCUUGGAGGAGGUGGCUCAUUCUCUGCAGGUGGUCCUGGAAAAGGAAUGUACACGAGGUUAUACACCGACGUCAUGAACAGGUGCCACUGGAUUUAUGGUGCUACAGCUUACAAUCAUUCAUAUGCGGAUGCUGGAUUGUUUUGCGUUCAUGCCAGUAGUGAUCCUGAGCAGAUUAAUGACGUCCUUGUUAUUAUCCUUGACCAAUUCUUUAAACUGCUCAAAGGCGUUGAAAAGGAGGAACUAGAAAGGGCGAAAAUUCAACUCAAAUCUCAAUUAAUGAUGAAUCUCGAAGUACGACCGGUGAUGUUUGAAGACCUUGCUCGUCAAAUAAUCGGUCAUGGCUAUCGGCGGAAGCCUCAAGAGUAUUUGGAGAAAAUAGGUAGG